GUUAUCCACGACGGGAUUUUGCUUUAGCACUGGAACCUUCAUUUCCUUGAUAGUCUCCUUGUCAAGGAAUGUCAAAGGUUAAUGACACCGGAAGAGUCUGAAAUGCAAGAGUGCCCUCAAGAAGCUUUGUGGCAUCAUUAAUCAAGCGGAGAAAAAGGCUGGAAGGUCAUGUCUAUGAAAUGGGUACAGGUGCUUCCUAUGGUUGUAGUGUUCUUUUUGGGCUCUGCCUCCAGUGGGAAUGUCCUCGUCUGGCCAGCGGAUCACAGUCACUGGAUCAAUUUGAAAUUCAUCCUCCAUGAGGUCAUAGCCAGGGGUCAUCAGGUGACAGUGCUGCUGCCUUCCUCAUUCCAGAUAAUUGACCCCAGUGAAUCUUCUCCCUUCCAAGUAGAAAUGGUCUCUGUUUCAUUCUCAAAGGCAGACAUGGAAGCUUUGGAGCACAACUUUCUAUACUUGUGGGUUUAUGAGAAGCAUGAACUUUCUUCCUGGGAUUUUUUCAUCAAAUUGUUUGAUAUAACAACAGAGGUGUUGGCCAGGAACAAAAUUCUCUGCGACAUGGUUGUGUUGAACAAGACACUGCUGGAGAAGAUGUCCUCAGCUCGUUUUGAUGUCCUGAUUUCGGAUCCACUCAUGCCUUGUGGGGAACUGGUAGCAGAGAAGCUCCAUGUUCCAUUUAUAUAUUCUUUCCGUUUCUCUAUUGGGAACACAGUGGAACGUCUCUGUGGGGGUAUCCCAGCUCCUCCGUCCUAUGUGCCUGCCAGCAUGGGGGCUCUAACGGACAGGAUGUCCUUCAUGGAGAGGAUGGCAAACAUGCUCUUUUACCUCUCACAGGACAUUUUGUUCCAUCGGGUUUUCUUCAAUGACUGGAAUAAGUACUAUAGUGAUGUUCUAGGAAGACCCACAACACUGUGUGAAACAAUGGGUAAAGCGGAGAUGUGGUUGAUCCGAACCUACUGGGACUUUGAAUUUCCUCGGCCUUUCCUACCAAACUUUGAAUUUGUUGGGGGGCUGCACUGCCAACCAGCCAAGCCUUUGCCUGAGGAAAUGGAAGAAUUUGUCCAGAGUUCAGGUGAACAUGGUAUUGUGGUGUUUUCUCUUGGCUCAUUGGUUCAAAACUUAACAGAUGAAAGGAGCAACAUGGUUGCAUUAGCGCUCAGUCAGCUUCCACAGAAGGUUCUUUGGCGGUACAAAGGGAAAAGGCCAGAAACACUAGGAGCCAAUACCAGGCUUUAUGACUGGAUCCCACAAAAUGAUCUUCUUGGACACCCAAAGACCAAAGCCUUUAUAACACAUGGUGGAACAAAUGGGAUAUAUGAAGCGAUUUACCACGGGAUUCCCAUGGUUGGGAUCCCCAUGUUUGCUGACCAGCCUGAUAACAUUGCCCACAUGAAGGCAAAAGGAAUGGCGGUAGAGCUCAAUAUCCAAACCAUGAAAACAGAAGAUUUAGUGGAUGCUGUGAAUGCGGUCAUUCAAAAUUCCACGUAUAAAGAAAAUGCAGUCAGGAUAUCCCAGAUUCAUCACGACCAGCCAAUGAAGCCACUGGACCGGGCUGUCUUUUGGAUUGAGUUUGUCAUGCGGCACAAAGGUGCCAAGCACUUGAGGGCAGCUGUCCAUCACUUGACUUGGUACCAAUAUUACUGCCUGGAUGUUAUAGCCUUCUUGAUCGUUUGCACAGCCACUUUAAUGGCAAUUGUCAUUAAAUGCUGUUCAUUUUGCUGUCGGAAAUGUGGCCGCAUCAUACACAAAACAAAAAUAGAGUAGCCCCGUUGGGUUCCCUAAAACUUACAUAAGGCAAAGAGCACAGAGCAUUGUAACUUGAUUUGGUAAAUCAGACCAAAAAGUUAUUUGGUGUAGAGUUCAGUUUCCUUAGUCGCUGCGUCUUAAUUUUUUUUAAAAAAAGAAUAUAUGAGUGAUUUAGGUUUGAUUGACGUUUGGAGACCGUUGCAUCCUGAUGACAGAGAGUAUACUUUCAUUUCACCAGGACAUCAUAAUUGUUUUCGCUUAGAUUAUUUCUUGGUUUCUGCUCCUUUAUUGCAGUAUGUAAAGGUUUGCAGGAUUGAUACAUUGGUAAUUUCAGACCACGGCCCAGUAUGCCUGGAGCUCCAACUUUCAGAUUUGCCAAGACCUUCUGGACUUCAGCGUUUUAAUGUUUCUCUUUUAAAUGAUGAGAAGUUCAAAUCUCAGAUUAAUGCUCAAUUGCCUGAAUAUUUUGAUAUAAAUGAGGGUACUACGAGUUCUUGUGCUAUGGAAUGGGAGGCCAGCAAAGCCUUUAUCCA